UUAGUUCUCUUAGUUCUCUUAGUUCUCUUUCUCGUUUUCCUCCCCUCCCCCAUUAUCCCAAAUGAAGGACUCUCAUGAGAGUGUGGGCUGGGGGUAGGUCUGCAAACGUCAAAUGAUUGGCACCAAUUGUGAGAUGACUUUCUAACCACGUCAGUUUUGUUUUAUCUGCCUUGAAGUCAACUUUCUCGUGUCUGUUGCUCCACAAACCGCCUUCCCCACUUGCUGCGAUUUAAACUCUUUGGAGUUUCCCUCCCUCCGCUCUCUUUCCCUUUGCCGUUCGGUGGGAGCCGUGUUGGAUCAACGUGUGGACUAACGUGCGCUCCGUCCCUGCUCAAUAGCUUUAACAGCAGCACGGGAUGAAGAGUGAGAUCCCUUCGGUAGUUCGAUUGCUUGGAAUUGCCGGGGAGCAGCCGAGAUCAUGGCGAGCAGGAGCACCAAAAACUCCACAGCAGCACAGCAGAAAGGCAGACAGCACGUAGAGGAGCACAACGGUGACAUGCAAGUGGACAAACAAGACGACGGGCAUCCUGGGGAAGGAGCAGCUGAAGAAGUCUCAAACGAGGAGUCUGAUAAUCGGAGUUUAGAAGAGAUUUUGGGUAGCAUCCCUCCUCCCCCUCCUCCAGCAAUGACCAAUGAAGCUGGUGCUCCUCGUCUCAUGAUAACUCACAUUGUAAACCAGAACUUCAAAUCCUAUGCAGGGCAGCAAACUCUGGGACCUUUUCAUAAGCGUUUUUCAUGCAUUAUUGGGCCCAAUGGCAGUGGGAAAUCCAAUGUCAUUGAUGCGAUGCUUUUUGUGUUUGGGUAUCGAGCACAGAAAAUCAGAUCCAAAAAACUGUCUGUGUUGAUCCAUAAAUCUGAGGAACAUAUGGACAUCCAGAGCUGUUCUGUGGAAAUCCACUUCCAAAAGAUCAUUGACAAGGAAGGAGAUGAUUAUGAAGUCAUUCCUAACAGCAAUUUUUGUGUAUCUAGAACUGCCUUUAGAGAUAAUUCUUCAGUAUACCACAUCAAUGGAAAGAAGUCAACAUUCAAAGAUGUUGGUAUUCUUCUGCGAAGUCACGGAAUCGACCUGGACCAUAACAGAUUCUUGAUUUUACAGGGGGAAGUUGAACAGAUUGCAAUGAUGAAACCCAAAGGCCAGACUGAACAUGAUGAAGGCAUGCUGGAAUACCUGGAAGAUCUGAUAGGUUCUGCACGACUGAGAGAUCCUAUUCAAACUCUUUGUCGCAGAGUAGAGACUUUAAAUGAACAGAGGGGAGAAAAGUUGAAUAGAGUUAAAAUGGUGGAAAAAGAAAAGGAUGCCUUAGAAGGGGACAAGAAUAAAGCCAUCGAAUUUCUUUCCUUGGAAAACAAGAUGUUUAAAGAGAAAAACCACAUCUGUCAGUACUACAUCUAUGACCUACAGAAAAGAAUAAACGAUUUGGAAGCACAGAAAGAAAAUAUACAGAAAGAAACUAAAGACAUUAAUGAGAAGAGCAGUAAACUUGCAGAAGAAAUGAAAAGCAAGAGCAAAGCUUUAAAAGAUCUUGAGAAGAAAAUUGAUAAAAUUACGGUGUCAAUAGAGGACAACAAGAAGAAAUUUACUCAGUUGGAUUUGCAGGAUGUUGAAGUAAGGGAAAAACUGAAGCAUGCCAAAAGCAGGGCUAAAAAACUGGAGAAGCAACUUCAGAAGGACAAAGAAAAGGUGGAAGAACUGAAAAGCAUUCCUACCAAUAAUGAAAAAACCAUCAGCGACGCAACAUCUAAGAAAGAGCUUCUUGAAAAGGCAAAAGACAAAGAAGAAGAAAAACUGAAGCAGAUUAUGAGUAGUCUUAAAGAAGAAACACGAGAAAUUCAGAAAGAAAAAGAGGGCAAAGAGAAAGAGCUGAUGGAGUUUUGUAAGACGGUGAAUGAUGCGCGUUCAAAGAUGGAUGUAGCGCAGGCAGAACUCGAUAUCUACCUCACCCGCUAUAACUCUGCUGUGUCUCAGCUAAACCAGGCAAAGGAGGCUCUGAUGAAUACUUCUGAAACUAUUAAGCAAAGGAAGGCUGCUAUUAAAGAUAUAGAAGUAAAGUUACCUGCUGCUGAACUGGAAUUAAAGGAGAAAGAGAAAAAGCUUGAGAAGCUUAAAGAAGAGGAACUGAGCACUCAGGAUCUUGUUCGAAAUCUCCGUCAAAAAGUAGAAGAAGCCAAAAGUUCUUUAGCACAGCACCGCAGUCGAGGAAAAGUGCUCGAGGCUCUGCUUGAGCAGAAGAGGUCGGGGAGUAUUCCCGGAAUACACGGGAGACUGGGAGACUUGGGAGCUAUCGAUGAGAAGUAUGACGUUGCUGUCUCAUCAUCUUGUGCUGCCCUGGACUACAUCGUCGUUGAUACAAUCGAUAUUGCCCAGGAAUGUGUGGAGUUCUUAAAGAAAACAGGAAUUGGAUCUGCCACGUUUAUAGCCCUGGACAAAAUGGACGUAUGGAAGAAACAUCUCGCAAAAAUCCCAACUCCUGAAAAUGUGCCUCGGCUGAUUGACCUGGUGAAAGUAGAAGAUAAGACCUUCUCCCCAGCGUUUUACUUUGCGUUACGUGAUACCCUGGUGGUUAAGAACUUGGAUGAUGCUACCAGGGUAGCAUUCCAAAGAGAUAAAAGGUGGAGGGUUGUAACGUUGAAAGGAGAAGUCAUUGAGCAGUCAGGAACAAUGACUGGUGGUGGGACUAAAGUAAUGAAGGGCAGAAUGGGCUCCUCGGUUGCAAUUGAUGUUUCACCAGAAGAGAUCGACAAACUGGAAUCUGAACUGCAGAGGGAUUCCAAAAGAGCAGUACAGUGUGGAGAAGAAAAGUUACAGCUGGAAGAAGACAUAACAAAGCUACAGAAAGAUGUCUGGGAAAUGAGAAGUACUUUAGAAAAGUACACAGCGACUAUCCAGAGUUUUUCUGAACAAGAAAUUCGUCAAAAAGGCCAAGUUAAAGAACUUGAAGCAAAUGUAACAGCUGCUGCUCCAGACAAAAACAAACAGAAGGAAAUGGAGGAAGUCCUCAGUAGUUAUAAAAAAGAUUAUGAGCGUGUUUCUGAGCAAGCUGGUAAAAUGGAAAGCGAAGUUAAAAGGUUACAUAACCUCAUAAUUGAUUUCAAUAAUCGUAAACUUAAAACACAGCAAGACAAAGUUGAUAAGAUCAACCAAGAAAUAGACGAUUGUACUUCAACUAUUACAAAAGCCCAGGUGGCAAUCAAGACUGCACACAGAAACCUGAAAAAAUCUGAAGAUUCUGUUCUUCGCACCGAGAAGGAGAUUGGAGACAAUGAGAAAGAAAUUAAAGACUUAACAGAAGAGCUGACGGUGCUGGAACACAAAGCUACUGAGGUUCUGAACGACAGCAAGCAAGCUGAAGAAGCGCUGCCGGCCAUUCAGGAGGAGCACCGCAGUUUGCUGAAGGAGCUGAGAGCCAUUCAGGAUGACGAACAUGAACUGCAGAAGGAAGCUCUUAAUGUCAAGUUUAAAAUCGAACAGAUUGACAGCCAUAUUUCUACACAUCAGUCCAAGGUUAAAUACUGGCAAAAGGAGAUAUCAAAAUUAUCAUUGCAUCCCAUAGAAGAUAAGCCACCCGAAGAGCUCCCAGUGCUCAGUCAAGAAGAGCUCGAGGCUAUCAAGGACCCGGAUAGUAUCACUAAUCAAAUAGCUCUCUUGGAAGCACAGUGCCAUGAAAUGAAGCCCAACCUUGGCGCUAUUGAAGAAUACAGGAGAAAGGAAGAGCUGUACUUAAAACGUGUGGCUGAAUUGGAUGACAUUACCAACGAGAGAGACAGAUUUAGACAAGCUUAUGAAGAUCUCCGGAAGCAGCGGCUAAAUGAAUUUAUGGCAGGAUUUAAUGUAAUAACGAAUAAACUGAAGGAGAACUACCAGAUGCUUACUUUGGGAGGAGAUGCUGAAUUAGAACUUGUGGACAGUUUGGAUCCCUUCUCUGAGGGAAUCAUGUUCAGUGUUCGGCCUCCCAAGAAAAGCUGGAAGAAGAUAUUUAACUUAUCGGGAGGAGAGAAGACUCUUAGUUCGCUGGCUUUAGUUUUUGCACUUCAUCAUUACAAGCCAACACCUCUGUAUUUUAUGGAUGAGAUUGAUGCAGCACUGGACUUCAAAAACGUGUCCAUUGUAGCAUUUUACAUCUAUGAGCAAACAAAGAACGCGCAGUUUAUCAUCAUCUCCCUGCGGAACAACAUGUUUGAGAUCGCGGACAGACUGAUUGGGAUAUACAAGACUAACAACACCACCAAGAGCGUGGCAACAAACCCCAAAGUGAUUGCAGCGAAAGGACUGGCUGAACUUGGCAUUGCUGAGCACAGCGUAGCUCAGGACCGGAAUGAAUGAAAAGAAACCCGACCCAGUGUAAAUUAAUAUUCUUGCUGCUGCUUACUCUAUUUUUUUAAAUAUACUUUUGUAUUUUGAAAUUUUUCUCCUUAGAUUUGAGUCUCAUUAGACUGUUAAUAAAACCAAAUCUAAAUAAAUUGAAUUCUUUAUCAUA